AUGGAUCUUCCGAAAGAAAACUUGACGUACAGAGCAUGGCUACCAUUCGAUUAUACGCCACCCUCUGUAUUUUAUUUCGUGUUCACUCACCAAUUGAUAGGCAUGAUGAUCACUGCGGCCGUGAAUGUUGCCUGCGACAGUUUGAUAUCCGGAUUCCUUCAGCAGAUUUGCUGUCAGUUGGAAAUUCUGAAAUACGCAUAUACGGUAAAUCGCAGAUUUGUGAUAAUAAUUGCUGUCCAAUUUGUAGUGAGCAUGCUAGUGGUAUGUGCUAAUUUAUACAAACUGGCUUCCAUUACUAACUUGAAGAUUAAUGGAGAUCUUAUUACAUUGAUAUUGUACACGGCCUGUAUGUUAUCGCAAAUCUUUAUCUAUUGUUGGUUUGGAAACGAACUCAAGUUAAAAAGCCUUACGGUAGUAGAUAGCAUAUAUAAUAUGGAGUGGCAAAUACUUGACAAUAGUAGCCAAAAAGCUCUCUUAUUCAUUAUGAGGCGCUCAAUAAUUCCAAUUGAAUUUAAUAGUGUGAUUAUCAUCACAUUGAAUCUUGAUUCGUUUGUGUCUUUACUUAAAACAUCAUACUCGGCUUACAAUGUGCUUAAACGCACAUCAUAAGGACGAGACUGAUAAAUCAAAAUUAUUAUUGUUCACACAUUUCGUUACUUAUGACGCAACAUAGCAAG